GCUGACACUGCCAGGCUGACACGUCGUCAUUGUGCCCUCCAUAAUAAACAAACACAAAUCUUAUGCAAACGGGAGUUUUUAACUAUUAAGGAUGAGUCAACUUAAACCUGAUAAUAAAGAAGAAUACUUAGCCAAAAAGAGAGAACAGGCGAAGUUAUGGUACCAAAAUAUUAAAAACAACCCAGAAUUAUAUGCGGAAUAUCAAAGGAAAAAUAGACUAAAAUAUGAAAAUAGGCUAGCGCGAAAAAAAGUAGUCCCCAUAAGUGAGAUGACAUCUACACAGCAAAGAAAGCAGAGGAAAAAAUGGAGGGAAGAAUCAAAGACAAGAUAUCAACGAAUGAAAGGUAAGAAAGAAAGAGAUAAACAAUCAGGAGCUGAAAAUAGUUCACCAGAAGAUGACAGUUACCCCGUUCAUUUAAUAGAGACCAUUAUACUACAACCUAACCCUGAGAAUACCGAAGAAGAUACUAUAAAGACAGAUAGUCAGGAUUUAAACAGCCAAGGCAUUGAAGAUAAUCUGGAAUUAAAUUCAAAUUACCAAAAUAGAUAUGAAAAUUAUACAAUGCAAGAACAUAUUCCUACAAUAGAAAAGACAUCUUGUCAGCAAAAAAAUCAAACGGGAAAUAUAGAAAGAAGAAAGGGAAGACAGGAACCAGAUAAAGAUAAAAAUGAAAACCUCAAACCUGAGGACACUGCAGAAGUUUUCACCAUAAAGAUGGUAAAUGAGGACCUAAACUACCAAAGUAUCAAUGACAAUCCGGAAUUAAACUUGAGUGAUAUUGGAAACCAUGAAAGGAAAAAAGCGCAAGGCAUAAAUGUCCCCUCAAACGAAAUGACAUCUUGUCAGCAUCAAAUGCAAAGGGAGACGUUAAGAGACCAUGAAGGGGAAGUACAGAAUUACAGUAUUAAUAACAAUCCAGAAUUUAAUUUGGAUUAUCAAGGUCAGUAUGAAAGGAACAAAGAGCAAGAAAAUAUUACCCCGACGUCAUGUAGUCAGCAGAAAAUGCAAAGACAGAACUUAAGAGAAGACGGGAAGAGAAGAUGUCAAGCAAAGAAAGAUAAAAAUGGUAAACGUACAGAGAAGUGGAGAACGGAAUCGAAAAGGAGAUAUCAACAACUGAAAGAAAAAAAAGGCAGGGAGAAACAAGCUGUGGCUGAGAAUAGAGAAGAUUAUUUAACCAAAAAGCGAGAACAGGCGAAGUCAUGGUACCAACAUAUUAAAAGCAUCCCAGAAUUAUACGCGGAAUAUCAAAGGAAAAAUAGACUAAAAUAUGAAAAAAGGCUAGCGCGACAAAAAGUAGUCCCCAUAAGUGAGAUGACUUCUACACAGCAAAGAAAGCAGAGGAAGAAAUGGAGGGAAGAAUCAAAAAGAAGAUAUCAACGAGUGAAAGGCAAAAAAGAAAGAGAUAAACAGUCAGGGGCUGAAAAUAUUUCACCAGACGAUAACAGUAACCCCGUUCAUUUAAUAGAAACCAUACUACUACCUAACCUUGAGAAUACCGAAGAAGUGUUCACUAUUAAGACGGAACGUCAGGAUGUAAACUACCAAGACAUUCAUGAUAAUCUGGAAUUAAAUUCAGAUUACCAACGACAACAUGGAAAUAAUACAAUGCAAGAAGAACAUAUUUCUACAAUAGAAAUUACAUCUUGUCAGCAAAAAAAUCAAACGUACGAACCAGAUAAGGAUAAAAACGAAAACCUUGAACCUGAGAACACUGAAGAAGUUUUCACCAUUAAGAUGGAAAGUGAGGACCUAAGCUACCAAAGUAUCAAUGACAAUCCGGAAUUAAAUUUGAGUGAUAUUGGAAACUAUGAAAAGAAAAAAGGUCAAGAGAAUAAUGACCCGUCGACAGAAAUAACAUCUUGUCAGCUUCAAAUGCAAAGGGAAACGUUAACAGACCAUGAAAGAGAAGUUAACAGCGAAGAGGAUUUUUCCAUAAAAGCAGAGUUUGAAGAGCUAAAUUACAGUAUUAAUAACAAUUCAGAAUUGAAUUUGGAUUAUCAAAGUCAAUAUGAAAGAAACAAUGAGCAAGGAAAAAAUACCCCAACAAAAGAAAUAUCAUCUAGUCAGCAGAUAAUGCCAAGGAAGAACUUAAGAGAAGGGAAGGCAUGUCAACCAAAGAAAGAUAAAAAAUAUAAACGUAAACAGAGUAGAGAAGAACUUUUAGCCAAAAAGAGGGAACGCGAGAGGCUAAGGUACCACUAUAUUAAAAACAAUCCGGAAUUAUAUUCAGAAUAUCAAAGAAAACAAAAUACAAACUAUGAAAACAGAAAAGCGCAAAAAAAAAUUCUCCUCAUAACUGACAUGACACCUCGUCAGCAAAAAAAGCAAAGGGAGAAGUGGAAGGAAGAAUCAAAGAGAAGAUAUCAACGAAGGAAAGACAAAAAAGAAAGAGAGAAACAAUCAGGGGCUGAAAAUAGUUCACCAAAAGAUGACAGUUACCCUGUCCAGUUAUUAAUUGUUAGAAAAACAAAAGCUGUAAGUGUGGAUUUGUGAGAAUUAGCCUUAUUGAUUGCCCAAUGUCACAAAGACACGAUGAGAACGUCU